GAUUGCGGUGAGAAGCAGGGCGGGAGGAGAGCAAGAAUCCGGAAAGAUCACGUGCUCAAAUGUGCAGCGCGCGCGUAGAUUUCAGACCGGCAAAAGUCGUCGACGCGAUUUAUCUUCUGUCGAGGCCGCGUUCAGUAGUUGAGCAGACUGCUUUGUUUGCACACGACCACGACUACGGCAGGAAAGAUGUCGGCUCAGAUACCAAGCAGUAGGCUGUUGGUCUGUUCGUUAGGCAACCCCGGGGCCAGGUAUGCGAGGACCCGCCAUUCAGUGGGCCAUAUCAUGCUCAACCAGUUAAUAUCUGACCACCAGAGGACUUUGGGGAACAAGCCUUUGUCCGUCCCUGGCUUGAACGGAGAGCUUUAUAGAGGUAAAUCGCUGCUGAAUCGAGAUGCUACGAAUCCGAUUGCGCUGUUCAAAAAUGGGACGCUCAUGAACGCGAGCGGAGCACACGUACUGCGGGCAUGGAAAUGGGCGAGUUCAGCGUUAGGAAAGGACACAAAGCUGGUGUUGCUCCAUGACGACUUGGAAAUGGAAGUCGGCAGUGUCCAGGCAAGAAGUGAUCGCAAGCAUCAUGGCCACAACGGAAUCAAAAGCGUUAGAGACUAUUUCGAUGGCCCUUUUUACAACAUCCGAAUAGGCAUCGGUAGGCCUGAUUCACGAGCCUCGGACGAUGUCGCCUAUUAUGUUCUCGGCAAUAUUCCCCCGCGUGAUCUCGAUACUUUGAAAGAAGAAGCGUAUCCCAAGAUCUGGGAAUUACUCCAGGCAAUAGAAGAAAACAAGCUGGAAGGUACGGUGAAGAAGUAAAUAUCUGGGUGUUUGUAUGAAUAUCAUGUACAUAGAAUGAAUAAAUGUAGAGCGGUGCAUAUUUAAGACUCUGUGCUCUCCGGCACCGCGGGAUCCGG